GCGCAGGCAGGCUGGGCCGGGGGCUGCCGGGCCCUCGCCCCCUUCCCCCCCGUGACCCCGCGGCCCCCAGCCCGCGCCCAAGAUGAUGAAGAGGCAGCUGCAUCGCAUGCGGCAGCUGGCCCAGACGGGCAGCUUGGGACGCACCCCGGAGACCGCCGAGUUCCUGGGGGAGGACCUGCAGCAGGUGGAACAGCGGCUGGAGCCGGCCAAGCGAGCAGCCCACAAUGUCCACAAGCGGCUGCAGGCCUGUCUGCAGGGCCAGAGCGGGGCGGACAUGGACAAGCGGGUGAAGAAGCUUCCCCUCAUGGCUCUGUCCACCACGAUGGCUGAGAGCUUCAAGGAGCUGGACCCCGAUUCCAGCAUGGGGAAGGCCUUAGAGAUGAGCUGCGCCAUUCAGAACCAGCUGGCCCGCAUUCUGGCUGAGUUUGAGAUGACUCUGGAGAGGGAUGUCCUGCAGCCGCUCAGCAAGCUGAGCGAGGAAGAGCUGCCAAUCAUUCUUAAGCACAAGAAGAGCCUGCAGAAGCUGGUGUCAGACUGGAACACCCUGAAAAGCAGGCUCACUCAGGCAGCUAAGAACUCAGGCGGCGGUCAGGGCCUGGGCGGCGGCACUGGCAAUUACGGUCAUACUGCCACGGCCACCAAGAUGGAGACGCUGAAGGAGGAGGAGGAGGAGCUGAAGAAGAGGGUGGAGACCAGCAAGGACGAGUACUUGGCCGACCUCUACCACUUCGCCACCAAGGAGGACACGUAUGCCAACUACUUCAUCCACCUCAUGGAGAUUCAAGCUGAUUACCAUCGCAAGUCUUUGAGCUCGCUGGACACAGCCCUGGCUGAGCUGAGGGAGAACCACAGCCAAGCAGACCCCUCCCCCUUGAUGACGGCCACCCCCCUCGGGGUGUAUGGGGUGCCCCUGGAGACCCACCUGCAAAAUCUGGGCCGGGACAUCGCCCUGCCCAUCGAGGCCUGUGUCAUGAUGCUGCUUUCUGACGGCAUGAAGGAAGAGGGCCUUUUCCGUCUGGCCGCGGGAGCCUCAGUGCUGAAGCGUCUCAAGCAGACCAUGGCCUCGGACCCCUGCAGCCUGCAGGAGUUCUGCUCUGACCCCCAUGCCGUGGCAGGUGCCCUCAAGUCCUAUCUGCGGGAGCUGCCAGAGCCCCUGAUGACCUUUGACCUCUAUGAUGAUUGGUUGAAGGCAGCCAGCCUGAAGGAGUCAGGGGCCCGGCUGGAGGCCCUCCAACAGGUGUGCGGCCGCCUGCCCUGGGAGAGCUUCAACAACCUCAGGUACCUGCUGAAGUUCCUGGCACGGCUGGCCGAGGAGCAGGAGGUGAAUAAGAUGACCCCCAGCAACAUCGCCAUCGUCCUGGGGCCCAACCUGCUGUGGCCCCCAGAGAAAGAAGGGGACCAGGCCCAGCUAGAUGCGGCCUCCGUGUCCUCCAUCCAGGUGGUGGGCGUGGUGGAGGCUCUGAUACAAAAGGCGGACACCCUCUUCCCUGGAGACAUCAACUUCAACGUGUCAGGCCUGUUCUCAGCCCCUGAUUCCCAGGACAAAGUCAGCCACAGGCCAGAGGCUGAGGAGCUUCCAACGAUUGCUGUGGCCACCCCAGGCCCUGCUCCGCCCCCGGCCCCUGCCCCUGCUCCUGCCCCAGCUCCGGCCUCGGCCCCAGCCCCAGUCUCAGUGGCUACCAAGGAAAGGGCAGAGUCUGAGGUGCCCCCCAGACCAGCCUCCCCCAAGGUCAGUAGGAGUCCCUCAGAGGCAGCCACUCCAACGGAGGACAUGGUUCGGAAGAGCACCGGGAGCCUGGCUGCUGCAGUGGAGACGGCCUCGGGCCGCCAGGCCCUGGUGGUGGGCAAGCCCAGCCCUUACAUGUUCGAGUGUAUCACCGAGCACUUCAGCGUGGACCCCGCACGCACGCUUAUGGUGGGCGACCGCCUCGAGACCGACAUCCUCUUCGGCCACCGCUGUGGCAUGACCACUCUGCUCACGCUCACAGGCGUCUCCCGCCUAGAGGAGGCCCAGGCCUACCUGGCAUCCGGCCAGCACGAUCUCGUGCCCCAUUACUAUGUGGAGAGCAUCGCGGACUUGAUGGAGGGGUUGGAGGACUGAGCCCAUGUGACCGGCACUGCAGCCCCAUCCCUCCCCGACCCUGAUCCUGUAGAUGGAGGCAAGAGGCCAAGAGCUGCCGGCUCCCGGGCCCCGUUUACUGCAGCCUGGUGGGGUGGGGACCCAGGGAAGGAGUUAGGGCCCUCGCAUCCCCUCCCCGUGGUGGGUGGGCACUCUGCUGUUCCAGAAGCUGUCUGCCCCAUCAUCCACCAGUUCGCACUGGCCUGACCCAGCCAGGUGGCCUUAUUUCCUCCCUUGUGACCUCCCCCCUUGGAAAUCUGGGCCUUGAUGCUCACUGAAGAUUUCCCCCAACCCUGAGCACUUAACCCCCUAUGCCCUCCCAGACUGGGGUGAGGGGGGCGGGGUUUGCCUCUAGAGCUGUACCUGCCCCUCCAGCGGCCUUGGGUUCCUGUUGACCAAUCAGAGGCCUAGGUAACCAACCUGCUCCCUGAAUGGACCAAUCAGAAGGCUAAGUGAGAGUGACCCAUCGAUGGGUCUGUCCUGAAGGGUUUCAUUGGGAACCCAAGUGACAAUGACUCUUUGAAACCCGUCAGAAGGCUAAGUGACAAUGCGCCUUUAAUGUCCCUGGUCCUGAGUUGGACCAAGCAGAACACCAGGUAAUAAUGACCUGUUGGUCUCUUAGAUCCUGAAGAGAACCAUUCAGAAACGGAGACAUCGUGGUCCCUUGACAAUCCGGAUCUCACUGGACCAGCUAUGGGUCCAGAUUUCCGUCUGUAAGGGUCCAAGGGCUGAAGACACCCCUCCGCAAAGGCGGUGAUCAUGGGGUCCACACAGUGGCUCUGCGGGGGUCUGUAAUGGAGCGCCCCGCCCUUCCCUGAUGAUGGUACCGGUCCAGCGUAGACGGUGGCCAUGGCUCCAGAGGGCGGGGCUUCUGUGUCCCUCCCUGUGCCGUCCGUGUUUGCUGUGCCACCUGCCCCUAAUGCCCACCCCCCUAUUUAUUUAUUUAUUUGUUUGUUUAUUAUCGUGUGCCAGUGAUGGUGGGAGUGGGGGCUGGGCCUUCCCACUGCUUCCACCCGUUGUAACUCGUCCUCCCGUACUUAAUAAAGUGCGAGCGGAAUGUC